GGCUAGCAAUUCCACCUUUUCGUACUCCGGCGGCGUUGGCCACCGCCGCUUCGUUUUCCGAACCCAUCACGCCGUUAGACGCUUUUGCUGUAUAAAACCGACAAUGUCUCGCUUCGUCGACGCGCUCCAAUUCUUCGAUCGGAGAUCCUCUCCCAUGGAGGAAGCCGAAGGUUUCGGCCGUGAUGGUAUGCUACUUCACCAAACUGGCGGUGGAGGCCGCCAGUCGCAGACACUUGGCCACCUUUUGAAGCGGGUCGGAGAAGCCGCCAGCGCCGGCGACCACCACGUGCUCGAGCUCGAUGAUAUCAUCGGCCCAAACAACCCCGACCCGGCCCGUACCAUCCCCUUCGUGUUAGCUUUCUCCGACCUCACUUACAGCGUGAAAAGCCCGAAGAAGCUUUCUUUAGGGCCUAGCAGAACGGACCCGGUCUCCGUUGACGUCGCGUCGAGUAACAGAAAAAUCUUGCUUGACUCGAUUUCCGGCGAAGCGAAGGACGGCGAGAUCCUUGCUGUUCUCGGCGCGAGCGGGUCCGGUAAAUCAACACUCAUCGACGCACUGGCGAACCGAAUCGCAAAAGAAAGCUUAAAAGGCUCGAUCACUCUCAACGGCGAGCCGCUGGAAUCCAAACUGUUGAAAACGAUUUCUGCGUAUGUUAUGCAAGACGACCUUCUUUAUCCAAUGCUCACCGUCGAAGAAACUCUCAUGUUCUCCGCCGAGUUCCGCCUGCCUCGCACCCUUUCCAAGUCCAAGAAGCAGAGCCGCGUGCAAGCUCUUAUCGACCAGCUCGGCCUCCGCCGUGCCGCCAAGACCAUUAUAGGCGAUGAAGGCCACCGUGGCGUGUCAGGCGGGGAGCGCCGCCGUGUCAGUAUUGGCAUCGAUAUCAUCCAUGACCCCAUUGUUCUGUUCCUCGAUGAGCCGACUUCGGGUCUCGACUCAACCAGUGCGUUCAUGGUCGUGAAGGUAUUGCAGCGCAUCGCGCAGAGCGGAAGCAUAGUUGUAAUGUCGAUUCACCAACCUUCUUACAGAAUCAUUGGCCUUCUCGACCGGAUGCUCUUCCUCUCUCGAGGGCAAACCGUCUACUUUGGUAGCCCUGCAAAUCUCCCGCUUUACUUGGCGGAAUUCGGCCGGCCGAUACCAGAGAAAGAGAACCGAACUGAGUUCGCCCUCGACCUCAUUCGCGAACUGGAAACCUCUUCCGACGGAACAGGAACAAAGCCGCUCGUCGAAUUCUACCGCUCGUGGCAAAGCUUGAAACUUUCUCCUGUUUCCGCCGCCGCAAAACAGAACAAUAACUCCCAGCUGUCCCUCAAAGACGCCAUCAGUGCCAGCAUUUCACGCGGCAAGCUCGGCUCUGCUUCAGUUUCCCGCUUCGCCAACCCGUUCUGGAUAGAAAUGUUAGUCCUCACUAAGCGCGCGGCUACCAAUUCUCGUCGAACACCGGAGCUCUUCCUCAUGCGACUCGGUGCUGUCCUGGUCACCGGAUUCAUCCUCGCAACCAUCUUCUGGCGGCUUGAUAAUUCGCCAAAAGGCGUUCAAGAGCGUCUCGGCUUCUUCGCAAUCGCUAUGUCUACCAUGUUCUACACUUGCGCUGAUGCACUCCCUGUCUUUCUCCAAGAACGCUAUAUCUUCAUGCGAGAGACUGCCUAUAACGCCUACCGCCGCUCAUCUUACGUUCUCUCAAACGCCAUUGUUGGCUUUCCAUCACUAAUCGUCCUUUCUCUCGCCUUCGCUGCGACAACAUUCUUCGCCGUCGGUCUGGCCGGCGGCGCACAGGGGUUCGUCUUCUUCUGCCUCAUCAUCCUCGCUUCCUUCUGGGCAGGAAGCGGCUUCGUCACCUUUCUUUCCGGCGUUGUUUCCAACGUCAUGCUUGGCUACACUGUCGUCGUUGCCAUUUUAGCUUACUUCUUACUCUUCAGCGGCUUCUUCAUCACACGAGACCGCAUCCCUGACUACUGGAUUUGGUUCCAUUAUCUCUCAUUGGUGAAAUAUCCCUACGAAGCUGUUCUUCAGAAUGAGUUUGAUGAUCCGACGAAAUGCUUUGUGAGGGGAAUUCAGAUGUUCGACAACACGCCGCUCGGAGUGUUGCCGGUGGCGCUAAAGCUGAAUAUUUUACAGGCGAUGAGUGGAUCGCUUGGAGUAAGCAUUACAAGCCAGACUUGCAUUACAACUGGAACUUAUAUUUUGAAGCAACAAGCGGUGACUGAUCUUAGCAAAUGGAGCUGUUUGGUGAUCACUGUUGUUUGGGGAUUCUUCUUCAGAGCCCUCUUCUACUUUAGUUUGCUGCUUGGGAGCAAAAACAAACGUCAGUAGAGCGAUUCGGAUGAAGAUGAAGAUACUGCUACUGAUGCUUUGUUCUUCAAGUUUCUGCAAUUUUUUUUUUUGUUAAAAUAAAAUUUGGUUUUUAAGAGAAUUUUAAUUUUCAUGUAAAGAAAUGUUUUAACUUUUCUUCUAUCUAUUUGUUUCUGUUCUUCAUGAA